CAGGUUUAGAAGAAAAUUGAAAAGAUUUGUUGUUCACCCGCCAACAGGAUGAAGGCGGGUGCUGAAGCAAGAAUCGGUUGAACUGACUAUUUUUUGAUCAAAGAAGCUGCAGUAGAAGACAUGAGCUUCGACGUGGACAGGAGAUCUGGUUUGGAGCAAAGAUAUAAUUGAGUGAAAGUGUCAAAAAUCAACAUGGAUUUGGAUUCCUAGGCAAGCCUUUUUUCAUGUCGGAGGUGCCUGCCUUUUCAUGUCGGUUGGUUCUUGGAUACGCGGGUGUGGGAAGCGGAUUUUUCAACUUGGGUUUGUGUCGGAGGCGAGACUACUUUUUCUUUUGCACCACGUGCAGGGGCUCCCUCGCUUUGUCGGAAUAGUGGAAGUUAGUAAUAGUGGAAGUGAGUUUCCGAUUCCGAAUCGGGUGCAUCAGUCAGGCCUUCCGGGAGCUCCUCCUUCCGUACUACGACCACUGGUGCGCUACGCCCAUGAUGGCCGCUUACAACCGAAAAUGAUGAGAAGCGGGUGAGCCACGUUCUUGGGACUAUGAUGCCACCUCGUGCUGCGACUAGUUUGGCGAAAUAAUCAACGAAACUGAGGAGAAAGCACUUCUCUUACCUGCCGCCCACGAGGAGCGAGUUGUACGAGUAGCACUGCAAGAACAAGUACAAUCACAAGCACGAAAGCAGCCAUGAACGUGAACAAAGGAAGCUCUUCUUCAAGUGGUAGCUAUGCCACGCAAACUAGUCCGACUCGUAAAAAGAAGAAAAAAACGGCAGGCGAAGUCGAUAGCAGUAGCCGAGCGCCUAUCGCCGGACCUCCACCCCUUCCCGCCAAUUUCUCUCCCCCACCUGGAUAUGUUCGGCCGCCUCAAGGUUUUUUUCUUUGUUACAACCUCUAGGUGUAGUUUACUAUCAUCUCGAGCACUCUUGCUCUUCUCUCCGUUUCAAAGCUUCUUUGCAUUUCUCGUUCUACUUAAGUACUUCAAGUCGUUGCCCUUGUCCCUACCUUCGUAAUUUGUAGAUCCCCCAACCGACUAUCCCCACAACCACUAUAAGUGCUUCAUCUUCUCGAUUUGACUGACAGAGAAAUUUUGCUGGCUAUUAGGUACUAAUAUGUUUCACGCUCAUUCGCUGCAUCACAACCAAAAACAAUUUUUAGGUCUGCUAGGAUGCCAUAAGCAUAAUGAAGUCUGUCAUAGAGAUCGAGAAGGCUAGUCUAGGUAUGUGCAUAUCAAAAUAGGCUCUACUAGAAGAAGUAAUGUCAUACUUACUUACAUGAUUCUGUCAGAAGUCCAUUCGUUGACCAUGACAUGCAUUCCACGUCAUUUUUGUCUUCAUUAUCUGAAGAUUAUUGAUCGUGAUUCAAGUUCUUCAAGUUCAACAGCAUAACAUAUAUAAUUAUGUGAUGUCAACACAAGUACAUCAUCAUCACCUGUGGUCUUCAUUAAGUAUAUUAAAAAACCCUACAUGAUCUGGAUCUUCCACAUGAUACAAUGCCAAUUGUCAUAAGUAAAACUGCUGCAGAGCCUCUUCCCGGGGCUCUGCCUGGAGGUACUGCGACGGCCGGCGGCUCGAGCUCGUCAACGGCGGGUCGUAUGCCAGUAAACGCAGACACCCGAAGUUUCAUGAAUAAGAUGCUACGGGAUGAAGCUGGCCGUAAAAACAAACAGAAAGUAGAUGAGGUGGUUGAGAGAAACGCGCGUGAAGUCUAUAACACAGCAGUCAGCAUCAGAGACGAUACAGGUGGAGCAUUGAAAAGUGCGGUGAGGAAUAGGGUAAGUUAGGGUACUUCGUUGUAAGUAAGUAUAUUUUUCUCGACUGAGGUCUACUGCAGCUGCAUAAUGUGUAUCAGGAAUAGAAGCACAAGAAAAAAUUUCAAUUUCUAAGUAACUACUCUACUCUGACUUGCUCACAGACACAGACCAUUUUCUUACCAUCUACACAGGACAGCAAGCAGCAGCCGACUCCGCCUGACAGCGCAUCGCCGCCUCUUUUCGUGGUUCACCAGGCAACAUCUUCAGCGCUUGGCACGUUACCUGGAGGCACCGAUGGCGCCCCACCGAAUCAGGUCUCAGUUGCAGGACCAGGCAUUGGGGCUGGUCGAACGAGGAAACGGGAUAUCCGUACUUCAUCGAAAGGAGUUGCUAUUGAUAAUGCCAAUCCGAACUUCUCGACUUUUAACGUCGGAGCACAGGGGAAUGCAGCUGCUUCUCGUCAGCCUCCUCCUGCUCUUCCUGCUGGAUAUUCAUCUUUAAGAAGUCACUACGUCUUUUCUUGUCAGUUUAUUUGCGUCGAUUGAUUCUACUGUAGGGGGUGUAGUUAUAUAUGUGAAUCGACUUCAUCGGUUCAGUUGUGUGAGUCAAGAACCAAAUCAAAAGUAUAGUAGCAUUCCAUUCCCACCAUCAUCCUCUUCAUACUUCGGGGGAGGCUAUUCUUCGUCCGACAACGAGUAUCUUGGUGAAGCUGCAGUCAAAGGUGACCGUAUGUCGGGUUUCGUCAGCAGUGACGGAGGCUUCACAACUGAUGGAAGCCUUUCGCCGCAAGCCUCAAAGGGCAGAAAAGUCGCGGCGAUGCUACUUUCGGCAUCCCCACCUCGGUCAUCCAGCGCGGGUAAGAAAAAAAACAAAACUACGGCUUGGGCCAGCAGUGGCGAGUCGUCAGAUGAGCACGCGGAUGCACAACAUCAUGCAGCAAAAAAACAAGAUGGAACGGACAGCCAAAAACCGAGUCGCGGAUUGCGUUUUUUCGAGUCCUUGUCGCUAGGAGCAAGCACCAAAUUGAAACGGCGAAGUACUAGUAGCGAUGAAGACGAAAAUGAUAGGGCGGGGACAGGGAGCAGCAAACAAAGCGGUAUGACCUCUACGGCUAAUGCAAGAAGUGAAGAAAAUAUCUCAUUCAAGAUCACAGAACAAGAUGUCGUUCAUGAUCAUCAUCAAACUCUAUUUCAACACACCUUAUCUUCCUCAAACAAUAUGCCAGACAAGAAGACAUCAAAACCCUCCUCUGUGCAGGUGUCACCUUCGACCCACAAGUGACUGGUGGAGGACACCACGGCGCCCUUGGCAGUUCCAAGCGGACUAUCUGGAAAGCGAUGGGUGUCUCCGAUUGGGCUCUAGCAACAAGACGAAAGACUCCGAGUCCAGACAGAUUGAAAGUUAAGGAUUCUUGUUGGUUUGCAAGCAUCAUACCAAUACGCCUCCAAUCAAAAUAUAGGACAACUCCACACAAACACAAACUAAAAAUGACGUCCAGACGCAUGCUGCAGCGCUGUCCUGUAUUCGGGACUGUUUCGUCUCAUGUGGAACUUUUUUGACUAUCUAAGGUUUACCUGCUUAUUAUGUACAGGUACGACUCUCAUCAACUGUAAAAAUAGUUUACAAGCUUGCAACCACUAAUAACGACUUGUUCCUUAUGUACAGGUACAACUACUUACAAGAAAUUGAUUUACCCGCCUCAUCUAAUCCCAGCAGACAAUGGUGUUGUUUUUGGCUUUGUUUCCGGUUUCGAGAAUGCGCGCAAGACUGCUGGCGGUGUUUUUCGACUCCAGUUAGGGAGAUCGGGUCUGACUUUUUCCAUACGGUCUUUGACGGGGUGGAAAGAAGGUGGCAAAGGUUCGAGGAGAAGUAUCUCAUCAGUUUUGAGGAGCUAGACGAAGAUUCAGACGCGGAUGACGAGGUGUUUGAUACAGGAGCAAGCAGCAUGCACUUGGCGAGGGAUCCGUUUAGUUAUGCUUCCUGAUGUGGUUUUGAGGUGAUUUCAAAAUCUGAUGAAUUUGUUUGUUGAAGGGAGUAAUUAUCACUAUACAUAGGAUGUGCUGUUAGUGUUAUACCACGAAAAAGAACUUCUGUUUCACAUCUAAACUAGUAGCAAGAAUACGCAAGGCAGACGACGGAGCCGCAGUAAUUCGAAAGAUAGUUUGGAUAGCGGCCGAAGGCGGAGCAGCAGUGGAGGCGCUCGGGAAAGAAGAGGAUCAUCCGGAGGUGAGCGCCGCAGCAGUCGGUCGAAGGAGGGCGUCCCUGGGAGUAAAUAUCGCGCGGACGGUAUUUUCUAGAAUAUGUAAUUGAUUCUAGGCACGCCGCGACCUACAUGAACCCUAAGCCCUAACCCUGUAGUUUGUGUUUGUCGUAAACAACAAUCUCGUAGUCCUCCUGAUCCUCUCCAUCUGCGGUACUAGACCAUCCUUCAUAAGUCUCUUUUCCUCAGGCCGAAGGGGCUCUGCCGAUUCUCAGAAUUCGUCUUUUCGAACGGAUAGCAAAGAUAGCUGGAUGGACAAGACGAGGCGAGCCAGUCGCUCCCUGAUAGAAGUUGUACCAAUUCAAACCCCUAGUUGGAUUGAAAAACGCAAAGAGGCCGCACGUCAACGAAGAAAGCAAAGACUGCUGGAGGAAGGACAGUACUAAGACCAUGAUAAGUAGUUACUGAGACUGCUUCUUUUGACUGAGGACUUGUUAAGUUCUUACUGAGGAUGGACAGUACUAAGACUACUUCUUUUGACUCUAACGUACAUGAUUCGAAAUUUCUCGUUCAAUGUUCAUUGCAUGACUCUAGAUCGUGAUACAACUUGCCUUGACUAAAGAAGUGUAUUCAUCUCCGCAGCAGGUAGAGUCGGAAAUCUUAGGUUUGCAGUCCGAACCUUUACCUUGUUUUCGAAUAAAUAUAUACCUCAGUCGCAAGCCCGAAGACGUUGCAACGGAACUGAUUUUGAAGUACAAGGAUAUCGAUAUGACGCUGGAAGAAGACAAGAAUCAGCCUGCUUUGCCACCAGACAGUCUUGCCUUCAACGGAAUUAUGGGAUUUUUCAUCAUAUGCAACACCGUGUUCCUGAUGCUCCAGACGGAUUUGAAUGUCAAGGAGUGUGACAGCCAAGGCGUGUGUUGCAAGAGAAUCGAGACUGGACCAUGCAAAGGACAAGGUAGUCAACAUGUAGACGUACUGGUUGUAAAAUAUCUUCAGCCCUUUUCUAUUUUUCAUUUACUAGCUGCUAGUGUGCUACUAGUAGAAGGAGUAGAGUAGACAUCAAUGACCACCAUCACCAUCAAAUUCCUCACAGGCGAAGUAACUUCCGUGAAGCCGGUUCCUGCUCUUGAAGGCGAGUGGUAUUGGUACGCAGCGGAUGUGGGGUUUCUUCUCAUUUUCAUGGCAGAGUUGCGAUUUCGUUGGGCCUUUCAUAGACGGAAGCUCUUUCUUGACCCGUAUGCGGUCUUCGAUGGGUUCAUCGUUACACUUGGGUGCAUCGACACCUUCAUACUGACGCUUGCGGCACCAGAGAGUGGCGGAACGCUCAGGUACUGGCGUUGUAGUAUCUGCUAAAAGUGGAAUUAUGGACAGCGCGUGUUGAAGAUUUUUAUUCGUAGAAAUUGGAUUUCCAUUUCAUCCAUCGAGAUCGAUCUGCGCAUCUUGUUGGAAGUGCGCCACUUCUUCGAAUUUCGUUUUAUUUCCUUGCCGAGAAAUACUUCUUCUAUUCCUCACGCAGAGCACUGACGGUCUUGCGAACGGCACGACUAGUCAAACUUGGUCGCAUAUUAAGGCAUUUCCCGGCAAUGCGGACGCUAGUGAAGAUGGGGGAGGCUCUACGCGGUGCUGCUCCUGCAGUCCUUACCGUGAUGGCGCUAUUUCUGAUGCUCAUCUACUUCUUCGGAAUCGUUUUCACCGUUACUGUUGGUACUUUUUCAGAGUCGAUUUUCCUUUCAGUUAAUAGUCUUUGACUUACACAGAAUGUGCUAACAAGAGUAAAAUGCUUCAUCUUCUUCACGAAACUCACUACAAAAUCAUCUAUCGCUGGCGCUACCAUUUUUCCCUUUUUAUUGAAUUUACCCUCACAUCUAGGUAAAAAGCGAGAACUAUAUGCACCAUAUGCAAAAGUGUCUGGAUGGAAUUGGCGGGACUACUUUGGGAGCUGUGGAACGACUAUGCAGACAUUGAUAGUGCUAGCUACCAAGUCCGAAUGGAGCACAAACAUUGUCAGGCCUGUGGUAUUCCUCAUAGAAUAUAUCAGGGGGAAACUUCUGUUAUAAGAGAUGGCCGACCAUCAUGUACUUCGCCAAUCGCUCUCACCAUGAUGCAACGUCGACGGCCUACAAGUGGAGCCGGUGCCUACAAGGAUGAGACAAGGAGAGGCCCCGUUAGGGGAGGGCGUGAGACAAAUGAAGGGCCCAACCUGUCGCAGCCGAGCACGAUGGCGGCGCAGCUGACGAUGUACGGCGCACCGCUUGCGGCUAACUUGCUGCACGUGUCGGCUGGACGUAGCGAGGGCAGCGCUCGAAUGCCUUGGGGGCGUCGGCUACCGAGUGAAAGAGAGCCCCAGGAGCUGCAAGAAGAAGGCAGCCCGAUGCGGCGUGCUCUUGGGGUGCCUCAUUGAAUAUAGCCGACGACCAUACCGAGGAUACCUGCAAGGGCGGCUGACUCUCCUAGAGCCACCGGGGCCGUCGGCUUCCCCCGAGUUAACGUCUGCAGCCACGUGCCCAAGGCGCGCCGGGCUUUGAUAGCGGCAGGCUUGGGCUGUCGUGUCUGAGUCUGGUUGCGUUCGAUAUUCAACUUCGCGCGGGCGCGUGUGUUAGUGCACGCCUGAGACCCAUUGUCGCCUUGUUGUCUAGUGAUCCCAUGGGGGAGUUUCCUCGCAGUUAUGGGAACGGGCUUACAGGGGUGGAGCCGUAAGCGAUUGAGGCCGUUCGUUUGGCGGAUGGUUGGAUGCUGGUGCGGGCCUUGCGGUGCGGAUGCUGGAGCACCAUAACAGGAGAGGCUGGGACUAGCGAGCAAGCCAGCCCAAGCAGAUCCCGGAGGGCUUGCGAACCUGCAGCAAAUUUGCAGCGGAAGUCCCUCAGAACGGGCCGGCGCCUGUUUCACUAAGCCUGUGACCCCACCACCAAGGAAGCCGCGGGCACGUCUCCGGCUGUAGAAGGGCCCAGCGCCCUGGGAUCGUUGGUUGUUGGCGCUGAGCUACGGCAAGAGACCUGCCGACAAAAAACGGGCCCCGCGUGAUUGAGCUGGGGCGCCAGCGGUCGACGGUUUGCGCUGCCAUGAGUUGCCUCGUUGUGUAUCUCUCUGCGUCUCUCUCAGGUGUGUGGGCAGUCCACUACUUCAGCAGGAUAGCACGGCGGCACUCCGUGGCGGAUCAUCCCCGAAAGGAGCCACCCCCGCGGCUUGCCGCUUGGCUGGGUUGUCUGAUAGUUGGGGGAAGUACCUGGCUGGAGAUCGUAUGGAAUCAAUUUGACUUCAAUGCGAAGCCCUCGGGGCUGCUGCAGGCCAGCCCCUGAAGGGCAGGGCUUCGGUGGAUGGCGGUGCAGAUGAAUGGCGUGAAUGCUGCCGAUGAAUGUUUCUGGGCUAUAGCGGUCUAGGAGGGGCGGCUCCUGCAUGCUAGCGUGGUUCUUUCUGGGUUGUCUUGUAAAGAAUUCGGGCGCGCAGCUUUUUUUUUGUAAAAACAAAGGCUAAGGAGCAUUGACGCCAGGAAUGCUCGCGAAGUUAAACGGGUAUGUAACGUGGCUGAAGGAGUUUGGGCCUUUGACUACGCUGAGUCGUGGCGGGCUAAUCUGGUAGCGUGAGCUGACUCCGGCGCUUUUGCUCGGAGAAGGCGCGCUCGCUCGGCAAUAUUGCAAGUGACUUUGAUCUUACGAAUAGAGAGCGACGGCCCAGGACUCGGCGGCCGGUUGUAGUCACUACACCCAGUCGCUGACGCUUUGCAUUUCCAAAAAAUUAAUUCAUCUACUCAUCAGGUGGACAACCAGCCGUCGAUGAUUUGCAUUUGGGUUUUCUUCAUCAUGAUAACGUGGUAUGGUCUCCUGAACAUUAUUGUCUCGGUGAUCGUCGCGGAAACCCUCAAGCUUGGAAAGGCGCGACACCUGCGCAAGCAAACCCAAGAGGGCGUUGUCCGCAUCGAACGGAUGGAAGAACUAAAGCAAGCGCUUGAGGUACUUAUGUUGAAUUUGUUUUUUUUUCUCGUUGAAGUAAGAACUGUAGCGAGUGAGAAUCCACUCUUCCGUCCAUACAACAGGAAGCCGACACCGCUGCUGCCGGUCGCAUUUCCUUGCAUGAAUACGACUUGCUACUGAGAGACCGACCUGAUCUCUACAAAAGGUUAGAGCAAGUCGGCAUUGACGUUGGCCAUACGAGGUCCUUGUUUGAGAUUCUAGACAUGGAACGCAGUGGAUCAGUCCGAUAUGAAGAUUUUAUGGGAGCAGCUUUGCGGCUGAACUCUGUAGACGAUGCCGAAGCCAAGGACAUGUAUGCGACGAACCUCACAUUAAGGCCCGGAAUAAAUGAUUGGGAUAAUUGGAAAUGUUUAGCUUCCCUUGUUUCAUCUUCUGAAGAGAGCGAGUACAACAAGAACAACUAUCGAAAUUGCUGUACUAAAUCGUGACCACUCGUCCUUCUACUAGAUCGUGCCAGGGGUAUCAAAAAGCCUGUCGGGGGUGAAAAAACUUUCGAUAAUCAAAAUAUCUUCCUGUGAACAGGAUCUUUUCAUCUCACGUGAAAUGUUUUUUUCAACUAAGUAUCAUCUAAGGUUAACAAGCCUAUAUCAACUAAAAACAUCUAAGUACUUGCAUUUCUCUACCACUCUAAUCCCCAUGGCCAAUAUGAACGAGAAACUGUCGAAAUUUGAAGUGUCCAUGUCUGUGGCACUGGAGCGGACGAGUAUGCUUCUUUUCUACGUGGACUCGAAACUGUAUCGCGGCUACUCGGACAUGGUCGACCGCUCGAAGUUGGAGUAUGAGAAGAGGGCUCUAUCUGAACAGCGGUUCCAUAUGAUGUCGAAGGAGAAUCUCCUAGCAGCGUCAAACCGCAGACCAGGUGACGCACCCGGAAACGGCGCAUCUGUACCGCGUUAUCCAAAUGUGAUACCGCGACCGAGGGAGGAGAUAGAGGAAGAGCUGCUGGACGAGGGGCAACUGGAAAUGCUGUAGACUCGUUUCUCAGCUCGCUGUACUGAUAAUAAAUUGGUGUACUACUGAAAUUGGCGAUUCCAAGAGGUUAAGAAGCAAGUAUGUUGCAGCUACGACAAGAAAUAAUAAAAUUGAUGUGAAAUUGAAAUUUACUCGUUUCCAGUCUGGAAAUCCCAGAUUUGUUGUACUUAAAUUGUAUGCGUUUCAGUGAUUACUUUGUUUGAAGAAGCCGUAGUUAGAAUUACGUAAAAGAUGACGCGCUGUUUUCCGGUGCGUGUACAGGUCUUUUGUGAAAAGAACUAAGUACAUGGUGUACAUCAUGAGAACUCUUACUAGAAUCUUCACCAAUAGUCGUAGCCAUCAACAUCAUAUACUUUUACAGAUAUUACAGUAUAAGAAAUGCGGAGCUUGCUCGACCGAAAACAGAUACAAAAUGAACACGACGACAGGUGGAAAAUCGUACGAGCAACUGCGCUCUACUUCUCUUAAGAACUAAGUACUACAGAACAUGAGCCCCCAUGAUGAAACAUAACGACGUAGAAACAGCGAGGAAAUUGGUAAUCGUACAUAGCUCGGAUUUUUGUUGAAACUAUGGUUAUUUACCCGUUUUUUCUUUUAAGAUACCAGCGGUUUCUUCAUCCGUUAUGCCGAAAAUUAUCAUCACAUAGGGUCCUUGUAAUAUAAAGCAAUCACCAGUCGUAAAAGUCGUUAGUAAGUCUGAUCCCUGGUUAUCUUUUUGCUGAUAAUGUAACUUGUUAUCCCAUGAAGACAAAAACACAAGUUGUAGCAGUGGCACUUAUUGCGAGCUCCGCUCUGCAUCCACCUUGUAGUUUACUAAAAGUCAUUUUCAUUCAGUAUAUUACUGUCAAAGCGCGACCAUCUCUGAUGGCGCCAGUAGUGUAAGUGGAGUAAAAUACAUCAGCAUAGAAUUUUGGUGAUAAAUGAAACGGUCAUGAUGUCUAGUUCGCAGUAAAAGUCGUUUUGGUUUUGAUCGUUGCGUGCGCUGACCCGCCUACUAAACAUAUGCGUACCCCCCGAGGAGUAGAUACCAGGAAGAAAAUAUGUUUCGAUGUUUGACAAUGCAGAGCUAAAGAAGUUUCAAGAAUUUUCCAACUCAGAAGCACUACACUGCAGUGGGUGUUUCGGGAUUGUCCAUGAAUCACUGCUCCCGACUAGAACCAUUCUUCAACGUCGCA